AUGUCCCAACCCAGAUUCACUUCCACAAUCUUCCUCUCUCUUACCCUUCUCCUCUUUCACACCCAUCUCCAAAUCUGCACUUCCUUGUUAUCAACCACUGUUAGCCUCAGUUUGUUGAAGCACUCUGAAACUGAUGCAGUAAUCAAAAACAGGGUUGGAGACUGUUUAACUGAGACUGAGCUAAUGGAUUCAGAGUCAAAUAGGAGAGUUUUGGCAAUGCAGAAAAAGUACAUAAGCUAUGAUACUUUGAAGAGAGACAAGGUUCCUUGUGAUAGAGCUGGUGCUUCCUAUUAUAACUGUCAUCCAAGACAAGCUAAUCCUUAUAGUAGAGGUUGUGAGGUUAUUACUGCAUGUGCAAGAGGUUCUUGA